CCGAGCGGGUCCCGCCCGCCGCCGGCACCGGCCGCGCGUUGGUGGCGCCGGAGGCCCCGCGGGGAGGCCGCGAGCCGCCGCCGCCCCUCCCUGGAAGAUGCCGGACCGCGACGGCCGCGACGGCUACGCCAACAACGGCGGCAGCGGGGACGAGGCGGGCGCCGGCGCCGACGACAUCUGCCGCGACUUCCUCCGCAACGUCUGCAAGCGCGGCAAGCGCUGCCGCUUCCGGCACCCCGACAUCUCCGAGGUCACCAACCUGGGCGUGCGCAAGAACGAGUUCAUCUUCUGCCACGACUUCCAGAACAAGGAGUGCGUGCGCCUCAACUGCCGCUUCAUCCACGGCACCAAGGAGGACGAGGACUGCUACAAGAAGACGGGCGAGCUGCCGCCGCGCCUGCGCCAGAAGGUGGCCGCCGGGCUGGGGCUGUCGCCCGCCGACCUCCCCAACAGCAAGGAGGAGGUGCCCAUCUGCCGGGACUUCCUCAAGGGCGACUGCCAGCGUGGCGCCAAGUGCAAGUUCCAGCACCUGCAGCGGGACUACGAGUACGAGGCGCGGGGCCGCGAGCAGGGGCUGGGCCCCGGCGGGCGCCGCUACGAGCCCUACGACGGCCUCUACGACCCCGACGAGCCGGUGCUGAAGCGGCGGCGGGCCGAGGGGCUCUACGAGAGCUACGAGUACGGCUUCGCCAGCCCGCGGGCCGUGGAGUACCGGCUGCUGGAGGAGGAGAACGUGCUGCUGCGGAAGCGCGUGGAGGACCUCAAGAAGCAGGUGAACAACCUGCUGGCCACCAACGAGGUGCUGCUGGAGCAGAACGCGCAGUUCCGCAACCAGGCCAAGGUGAUGACGCUCAGCUCCACGGCCACGGCCACCGAGCAGACUCUGGCGCCCACGGUGGGGACGGUGACCAACUACAACCACAGCAUCGCGCAGACGCACACCACGCUCAGCAGCCAGGCCCUGCAGCCCCGCCCCGUCACCCAGCAGGAUUUGGUGGCCCCGGCCGGCGCCCAGGCCGCCCCUCCGGCCAACGCCGCGCCCCCCAUGAACCCCGAGAUCGCGCCGCUGUCGGCGGCCCUGGCGCAGACCAUCGCCCAGGGCAUGGCGCCGCCGCCCGUCUCCAUGGCGCCCGUGGCCGUGUCGGUGGCGCCGGUGGCCGUGUCCAUGGCGCAGCCGCUCGGUGGCAUCACCAUGAGCCACGCCACCACGCCCAUGGUCACCUACCCCAUCGCCUCGCAGAGCAUGAGGAUAACGGCCAUGCCCCACUGACCCCCCCGCCCAGCACCGGGGCAGCCACCGGGACCCCGGUGAGCCCGGCUGAGCCCGGGGUGGGGCGGCGGGACACGGACGGACGGACGCACGGACGCUGUGGGUGCUGCGUGUGCGACGCCCUCCCGGUGCCGGGGCGCCCCGGGAUGGACUGAGCGCCGGGGCGGAGUCCCGGGGGUGGCGCCGGGGCUCCCGGUGCCCUGUCAUGUUUUCGGCUAUUAAAACAAAACAGAAAAA